AUUUUUUUAAUUUUUCUUAGUUUAAAACUUUAUAUUGCAACUGAAACUACUCAGUUAUGGACAUAUGUAUAAUGUGGCCGUUUCCGUGGUGAAAGUCACGCAUGGGUGGAGUUACUAUUACCAAAUGAGUUCUCGUAAAUAAAAUUCUUUCUCCUUAGUUAGUCAAAAUUUAAUUUACAGUUGGACUGGUUCAUAUACGUGUACAUUUAACUGACUUUUAUUUACGAAAACUCAUUUUGUUAUAGUAACUCCUCACAUGCGUGACUUUCACCACAGAAACGGCCACAUUUUACAUAUGUCCAUAACUGAGUAGUUUCAGGUACAACAUAAACUGAUAAAAAUUCAAAAAAAUAGAGUUCAAGAAAAAGACAUGAAAAACAAGAAAAUUUUGUUCAAAUAAUAAAACAAAUUAUAGAUCAAUAAUCUUAAAGUUAAACACAUGUAUUGGGUGAUGCAGUCUUCUCAAAUACACUAUAUCUUGUUCAUGCAAAUGUGUAUCACAAUACGCGUGUCUCUACAAGCGUGAACGACCAAAAUCAUCUUAUAAGUUUGGUGGAAUGAAAAGGAAUGUAUUAGAUUUAGAGAAUGAACUCAAACUCAAAGAGGAAGAAGAAAAAGAAAAAGGAAGAAGAUGAUAUUUGUUAUAUACUCUGUGUAUAUCAGAUUCUAUGUAUCGGUUUAAUCAACAAAACAUUUUAACCAGUUUGUAUAGUAUAUGAAGUCUCAUACCCCCUACAAAAUUAUUAUACAAGUUGUGUAAUCACUUCUUCUCAAUCAAAGUCUUGAAUAUUUAAGGUUGAAUAAUUUGAUGAACACAUUAGCUAGUUGAAUUUGCAUAUUGUACACGUAGUCUUGAGAAAACCACUUUACCGCCCUUCCUCAACUAGAUGGCGGUCAUUUUCUAUAUAUUUCAUUCUCUCAUGAUAGACAUGACUAGAAGCAGCAUCAGAGCUAAACAUAUUUUUGACUAGAAUCAUAAUAUUUAAAUUUAAGAUUAAUGGGGUCAAAUGCCAAAUUGUAACUAAAUAUUAUAGUAAUUUUGUUUAAAAUACACUAAUUUGCCCCCCUAAUUUGGGGGGGUCACUUGACCCUACAAGUCUCUUAGUGCCCUGACUAGAAGCAAUAUGCAGAGCAUAUCGAUUGUCACAAUACAAUGUGGCUGGUCCUGGUGGUGCAUAAUGUAAAUAACUGAAAAGGCUGUGAAUUAAUUAAUCCAUAUUAACUUGCAAGUAGCGUCAACCAUAGAUUUGUAUUCAGCUUCAGAACUGAUUCGUAAGACUGUUGGUUGUUUAUUUGAUCUCCAAAAAACAAGAGACUCAUAGAAGAACAUACAAUACCAAAUAACAUAUCUUUCUGUACCGAACAAGCUAACUAAUCAGCAUCAAAGAACGUUGUGAGGUUGUUUUUCGAUGUGGAGAAAACAAAUAGUCCUUGACUCAAUGUAUUUAAGGAUUUGAGAACCAUGUUAGCAGUUUGUAAAUGUGAGUACCUUGGACUCGCCAUAUAUUGACUGAAUUUAUGGACAUCAUAUGCAAUAUUUGAUAGUGUUAUGAGUGAGAUAGAGUAAUCUUCCAACAAUCCUUCUUUAAACAGACACAUCAUCAAGGAGAGUUCCAUUUAUCAAAAAUUAAUUAGAUAAUAUUUUAAAUUUAUUGGGAUUACACAGAGACUAAUAGACCAUAAGCUCUAAUUUUUAAAAGAUUGUGUGAAUAUAGAUUCACAUCGAAAUUUCAAUAGGAUAUGAAUAAUAAAAGAUUUGAAAAACUCCACUUAAUACUAAUUAAUUUUAAAUUGAAAGCAAAAAAGCUUAACAUACUAUCGGAUGUCCUAAACCUAAAUACUAAAUUUAGUAAUCGAUCUACACACUUAUAAUUUGGCCAAAAAGUUGUUUGUGCUUUCAAGCCCGAUGAUGAUGGUCUGCGAGAUCCAAGGCUAGAAGAAUCAUUAUCUCAAGGAAGUAUAUUGGGAUUAUGUAAAGAUUAAUAGACAAUAAAUCUAAUGUCUAAAGAGUAUGUGAAUAUAAGUUUUCGUAUCGUAGUUUCAGUAGACAUAAGUAAUAUAAAAGAUUUGGACCACUAAGAUUACCGCAAAUUGGGUUUAAGUUGAAAGUUCAGAAACUUAACAAAGUACCGGAAACCUACCUGCUUAUAAGAGGUACUUAAUUGUUCGUUCUUUUGAAAAACGAAUAUUUUCUUUGUAGAAUCUAUCAUCUCAUUGGCAUGUGAUUUCAAAGGUCCCUUUUCAUAUUAAUAAGAUUCCUUAGUCUCUAACGCAAACGUCUCGGCCUUUUUCAUGCUUAUUUUACUUUUUGUUUGUCAUCUUGUAGUGUGAUUGAAAAGUAAAAGUUAUAACCAAACACUUUUAUUCCCAACAAGACAACCUUCUUACUUAGUUACAAUGACAAAUGUCUACAUAGUGGGGAACUCUUCUAUUCCAUUCAGUACUAGGUCUGUGCACUGGGUAGAAAAGGUUCGGUUCAGAAAUCUGGUUUUCUGGUUUGUUCGAGUUAAAAAAGUUCAAAUUAAUUUGAAUUAUAAGUUUGGUUUGGUUCAGUUCCGUAUUGAAGCAAAAGGUUCAGUUGUAAGAAAAAAAUCGCUACAACUAGGCACAAACUCGACACAACUGGUACUCGAUCCAGAGACCGGUUAUCCAAAACCGAUUAACGCUAACUGGAACUCCACACGACUUGACAUCGGCUGAAAAAUUUAAACCAAAACUGUAAUUUUAGCCAUCUUAUCAUGUCUAUGUUCAACAUAUCUAACUUUAUAUAUCUCUUACACUAUUAUUAUUUAUCAUUCUUCUAAUUAUUCCAUCUUCUACUAGAUUAUCUUUUACCCAACACUUUAAUUUAAUCAUCCACCAUACUCACACUAUAGAACGAUGACGAUCUUCUCGUUGAAAAUACUUUUAUGUACAUUUACAUGCACACAAAGAGAGAUGCAUAUUUAUAUUGAAUAUUCGUGUGUUGUUGCUUUAGAAGGCAGCACAUGGAGAUGGAGUUGUAUGAAAAUUAUUGCGGGAUAAUUCCACUUUUCAUUCUUUUUUGUUUCCAUCAAAAACUACUAGCAGAAUGUAUAGCUUUACACGCCAGUUUCAACCUUUAGAGGCGGCUUUAAAUUAUAAAAUCAAUUACAGAGUCAAAUAAAAAGUAUAUGUAUAAUAAUAUCAUAUGCUUUUUAUUUAUUCUUGUGGCAAAUUACAGCAUUAAGAGCAUACAAAUGAUGCCAAAUGAUUGCACCUCUAAGCAUAUACUUUAAAUGUUUAGUCUACAAAACAUAUAGCAGCCACAAAACUUAUCCAUGUACAUGAGUUGGCAUUAUUGAUUUUUCAGUUUAAUUCUGAAAUAUGCAAGGACGCUAGUCUUACAGACAAUGAUUCACAUGUUCAGUCAUAAGUAGAAAAUAUGUAUUCCGAGUUCUAUACAUCUACAUCUACAUCAUCUCAAAUCAUCCGUACAUAAAAUUAGGUAUAUAGGAUUAUUAAUGAUCACACUAAAUCACUUUUAACUUUAAUUAAAUUAGGUCAACAACUAUAAAAAUAACAAUCGCAAAACCACUAAACUAGAUGCUGUUUUUCUAUAUGACAAACUAUAGUUUAUUAAAUAUCACACUGUUUUCUUAAAAGAAAAAGUUAAAUUAUUAAAAAGCUCACCAUUCAGGAUUUUCAUUCGAGCUAGUUCGGUGGGAAUAUUGAGCACCACUGAUUUUGUUUGUGCUGUAUACUAUGCUUUACACAUAUAUGAUAUUAUAAUGUAAUAAAAUACUAUAUGUGUAGCCAAAGAGAAAAUUGGCCUUGACCUGGAUGACAAUUGGCAUGUUUCUUGGUACUAAUUCAAAGCACCACUCUUUUUUUUUUUUUUUUUUUGUCACUAAUUCAAAGCACCACUCAAUUAAGCCUACCGAAAACUUUUUGAAAAAUUAUAUAUCUAAGUUUUUAAUUGCAAAUUAUCAAACUUAAACCCCACCGAGUUUACCAUAAUAUGAAAAACUUAUAUAAUAGUUUCCCCUCGCAUGUUUAGUGAUUUUUUUAAUACGAAGUAAUUACACAUUUUACGAUACCCAGUAAGGAUGAGUAAACACGGUAAAGGGCUGCAGUAAUUUCUCUUUAAAAAGAAACCAUUUUCGGGUUUCGGAGAUGUGUACGAGUGGGAUACACAUCGUAUGGUCAAUGUUAUUAAUUUGUCUGUUGUGACAAGUGGGAUUACACACUUUCAAUUGCUUUCAGUUAACAAUUGGGUUUCUUUUGAAUUCACUGUUUAAAUAUUAUGUCUCCUUUUUACUUUUCAAACAUGUAAAGUUGGUAUUUCGUGUGUGUUUGUGAAUCUUUAACUUUAAAUAUGAUCACAUGCCAAAGCUGGUGACAAUAAGAAUAGAAAAAUGCUCAAUAAACUAUCUUCUAUCUCCACUUUUAAUUCAUAUUGCAUUUGCUAUUGUCUAAUUCGUUUUUUUGGGAAAUUGAGAUUUAUUAAAUCAUUCACAUUGGUAGAGUUUUUUUAAAAGGAAUUUUAAUUUCACAAUAUUAAUACUUUGUUUUAAUCUACUUAUUUAAUUAAGUUUUAUUUAAAUAAAUUAGGGCAUUUAUAAAUAAAUAUGUGUUAAGGGAGCUUUUCAUGGGUAUCUAAACUUUCUUAUUCGAAAAUUCACUGGAAUUACUCUCUUACAUCUCUUUUAGCUUUCAUAUAUAUAUUCUUAAGUUUUUGCGCUAAGAUAUAAAAUAUGUAAUCGUUGACAAUAAAAUAAAAUAAUAUUUAUGUAACAAUGAAAAUGCUAAAGUGAUAUCUCAGACACAUAAUAAAGCCCUUCAAAUAUCUGAAACAAAAACUUAUUGUUGAACCUUACCGUGCCAAAAUAUAUUCAAAGUUUUUUAUUUCAGUUAUUUGAGACUUCACAUGUUGUCAUGUCGACAACCUUCUCUACGAAUAUCAAUGUAUAUUACGAAUUGAGUGGCUAUUUGUCCACUAAUUUAUGAACGGAAUAAUAGAUUAUAGUUGCACAUUCCUAGACGUUGCCUUUACCAAAUUGUUUUGUUUUUGACAUGCCUUUAUUAAAAUCCCGCUUUCUAGCAGUUGUGACAUAAUUUUCCAAAUCAGUAUCACAUGCUUUCUUUCUUAAACCAAUUUAUUUUAGGAAAAUGUGAUUUAAAUAUGAUUGAGGCGAACAAUAAAAUGUAUUUUUAAUUUGGAUGGCACGCAAGACGACCCAACCUUUCUUAUUUUGCCACCAAGUCACAGUCUCAUUCGGAAAGCAACUCCUUGAUCAUUUUAAAAACUCUUUGGUCACUAUUCCUCAUUUUUUGGGUUUUCUGUUAAAUUAAUCAACUAUAAUUCAUGGGAUGUUGAUUGUUGAAAAUAUAAUGUUCUAAUCAACGAUUUUAUAAGAGUUUCAAUAAAUUUAGCUCAACAAUAAUAAUAAAACAUUUACUCAAUCUUCCAUUUUUGCUAAGAAUAUAUAUUAGUUAAAACUUGAUGUAAAAAGUUUGGACAAAAAACAUAUAACAAAGAGUGAACCAAGAUACUUUUGAUAUUCACUCCUUUUAUAAGAAAAUACUUAUAUAUAUACAGUAAAAUAUAUCAAUACCCAAUAAGACUUUCAAAUCCAAAAAAAAGUGAAAUUACAUCCCAUAUACACAACUUUUCUCAUAAUUAAUCUUUUUUUUGACAUCAAACAUCUACAGAUUCAUAUUGACUCUGUAAACCAAAUCGGUAACUCUGCAUCCAACCAUAGUUAACUAAAUACCUUAAAUCUCACACCUUAGUAUCUUUGUUGAUAGGCACACAACUUGUCAUAUCAUGUGUAUUUACUUAAUUUCCAACUUUUUGUAGUUUUUUAGCUAAUUGACUCUAAAAAAAAACAAGGAAUAUUCUCAUGCUAAAGCCACAUGAAAUCAUUCAACCUCACCGAAUUACAUGACCAAGAAGUAACCACAAAGUUUAGGCAAUAUUCAAAGAGACAUUCAAGCAAUCUGGACCAAAGCCAAAGCUUCGUCAACAACUUGAAAGAAGUUUAGCGUCAUUGCACAAAAAAAUAUUGAUCUAAAAAAUAAAGUUACCGACUCUAGGCUACAAAUCUGAGCCUAAGAGAAUUUUCUUAAAUCCGUUUCAGUCCUCUGAAAAAGUUAAUAAUAAAAAGCUUAAAAUCCAUACCACCCAAAAACCUCUAAAGCUUAAAAAAAAUUGAAAAAUCAAGGUUUAUAGAUCCAGCACCGUCUUUACCAAAAUCACAAACCCCAUCGACAACCAAAGCGAAAGACAACAAAUGAGCCAAUAACUCUUGCUUUGUCCUAGAAAGACCAAAGAAAAAGAAAGGAGAAAGGAACCAAUGCCAAUACUCCCGAACCAUUAUGCAACCACCAUUUUGGUUAUCCCAACACUAGAUCACCGUCUUCUAGCAAUUCAAAGAUCACAAGAGGUAUAUAAAAGCUUUGCCAAGUAGCUGCAUGAAACCGUUGGUCAGAACCACCACAAAGCCGAGCUAAUUAAACCCAAAAAGAAGGCUGAUACAAAAACAUUUUAUAGAGGAAUCCUCUCAUAUUACGAGCAAUAGAUUUGGUGAAGGCAGCCAGGAAAAACUGAGUUUCCCAUGAGAGAGAACAUUUUCCCAUAUAUCAAAUUUCGACAUAGUUUGAUAAUAUAUAUGAACAUUUGCUCUACGUCAUUUUUGGUUGGGUCUUGAUCUAAACUUUUUUUUGUCUUGAUGUAAACUAAGAAAGGUAGAAUAGCGUGGAAUGAAGUGUGUAAGCUAAAAAAUAGAGGAUUGGUAUUAAGACCUGUGAAGAAAGUGAAUGUAGUAUGUUGUUUCAAACUGAUUUGGAGAAUAGCUUUCUCGCAGCCAUUAAGGUGGGUUAAAUGGAUCAAGUUACACUUAUUUGGAGAGAAUACCAAAUAUGGAUCCUGGAUAUGGAGAAAGCUGUUGAUAUAUAGGGAUUCCGCCAAAUGGUUUCACAAAUUGAAGUUAAAAGAAGUCAGUUUCAUUUUGGUUUGAUGUACUGACAAAUUAGGAAGCUUAUUUGAUAUUAAAUGGUAAAGAAGUUUCAUUGACUUGUAGAUUCUCAUCCAUGCAUUAAAUAAGGAAGCAAUGAUAUUCAUGCAUACGUUGUGAGAGUGAGUGUAGUUUGAAAUUUUGUAUCUGGAAGGUUGUUGUAUUCACUGGCUAGCGGAUCAACUGCUCGUAUUCUUGAGGCCGGAAUCAGUUGCGUAAUAGACUAAUAGUACAAAAAUUAAACUAAAUUAAAUUAUUAUUAUGAAACAAACCCAUUCACUUUACAGAAAAUAUGAAAGAUGUUAUUUUAGUUUUAUAUAUUUGUCGCGAUUUAAUAUUUUCGUUUGAUCUUGGAAUUUUCAAAGCUACAUAUUUCUCAAGAUAUAUAUAUCCACUCUCUUUGGCGUACACAUUAUAUAAUUAUUUUCUCUUUUACGAUAAGUUAAGUGAUAUUUUUGUUGAUUUCGAACAUAAAUUUUUUUAACGGACUCCUCGUACAAACUUAAUCUCAUAUUAUUAUUUUUAAAAGAUAGUUUGUUUACAUAUAAAUAUAUAUGUUACAGUAAAAUAAAAUUUAUAAAAUACAUUUUACAUGAAUUUUUUUAAGUUUUAAAUUAGCCAAUCUCUUAAAUACAAGGGUUAAUUUAUUGUUGAAUAUAUAAAACUACAGCCUAAUCACAAAAUGAAAAUAAGCUUAACUAAUAUAAACUAUGUGCAGCUCUAUAUUAAUAGUUUCGUUUAAUUUUUAUAUUAAUAUUAAAAUCUACACUAUGUAAUGAAUUUAUAUAUCAUAUAAGUUACAUAUAAUAAUUUGGAUACAAAAUUUCAAAACUAUCAUAUACAUUUUAAAUAAUUAAAUAAGAGUCAUUCAUACAAAUGUGCACCAAAUAAAUAUAUUAUGAUCAUGCAUUUAUAUAUUGUGAGUCUUUACUAAAUACAAAGUCAAAAUGAACAUUAUGCUUUAUGCAUAUAGAUUAAUUAUUUUUUUAUUCAAAUAAAGAUGUAGCUACUGGUAUAAUUAAAAUAUUCACAAUUACGUAUUAGCAGUUUAUAUGUACAAAAUUAUAUAAUAUUUAAAACUUACAUUUUUAUAUGGUAUAGAUAUAAUUUAUACAUUUAUUAGCACAAAAGAGUAAAAUGGUAGUCAAUUAGAAAUAAAUAAUUAUAUAAGCAAAAAAAGUUGGAAAACUACACAUCCUAUUUUGAAUCUUCAUAAAAUGAAAUUAAUGUAUCAUUAAAUCAUAAUAUUUUUAAAAUUAUUAUGAAAUUUAAUUAAAUAAUCAAUAUAGAAAAAUAGUAAGAAAUACAAUUAUUUCCAAUUAAUAAAAGAGAUAAAGAGUAAAUAGUUUUUUUUGGUAAAAAAAAGUAAAUAGUUGUGCAUGUGAAGAAACACCAAUGCCCCAAGAUACAAUCAAACGUAUAAAUUCAGAAUACAAAUAAAUUAUUAUUUAAAGCAAACCUUCAUGCCCAAUAAACGAAUCAUUCAACGUAGAGGAAAUCCAAAUCCCUUGCAAAGAACAAAGAAUAUAAGAAGCUAUCAGAUAGAUCAUCCUCACAAUCACCAACCUUCGUUUAUUUCCCCGACAAAAUUAGAAUUAAGAGGCAAAUUUCAGCAAUAUUUUGCGCAUCUGUUGCAUUCUUUGAUAUUUAAAUAAUGGCAGUAACUAAGGAAGGUGGACCGACACAUUUUUACGAGGAAAUCGAACCCUUUUGUCGAUGGAGGAGAACGGAAGACGUCGACAUAGUUGAGCUACAUCUUCCUUCAGGUUUGAAGAAAGAGCAUCUUAAAAUACAAAUUAGCAACACCGGUAUACUAACAAUAACAGGAAGCUGUCCUGUGGACAAAACCAAAUCAAUCAAGUUUAGGAAAGAAACGAAAGUUGAAAAAAGUUGCAACAGAAAUGAGAUUCGUGCAAAGUUCUCAAAGGGAGUUUUAUACGUGACAAUGCCAAAGACAAGCCCCACAGCAGUGGCUCCUUAUAUUGGUUCUCAGGGAAACACAUCAGGAACUCGAGUCAGUAAAUCGGAUGCUGAUGGGAGUAAUAUAGCUAAGUGUGGACGUGAAUCUCAUAGUAAGUUUAGCUCAUUGAGGGAAAGACUAUGGAGGAAGCCAAUCAUUGAGGGUGUGGCAGCCCUGGUGGUUGUGGUUGUUGCUGUUGUAGGAGCGGUUAAAGCCUACCAAUGUGUUAUUGCAUCACCCGUUUGAUCAUAUUUCAAUAUGUCUACGUUGUUUCCAAUGGUAUAAUUAAAUAAAUAAUUUGUUUUUACUUUCUUUAAUA